CCCGGGCUCACUUUGCAACGCUGACAGCGGUGGCCGUGGAGGUGGGAACAGCGGCGGCAUCUUUCCCCCCUGGUCGCGGCCCGAGACUGGACGCCAGCGGAACCCCUCGGCGGCGCCCUCUCAUGCGCCGGGAUCUCAGCAUCCCCUGCCAGCCGCUCGCCGUCUCUGGGAGCCUCUGGACUUGUAUACCGCAGCCUUCCGGGACAGCCGCCGGGACUCCCGACCAAGUGCGGAUUUCGGGGCAGCUCUCUAGAAACUCGCUCUAAAGACGGAACCGCCACAGCACUCAAAGUCCCCUGCGGAAGAGCGCAGCCCGGCAAGCCCCCGCCCUGAGACUGGACCCUCAGCGGAGCCGGGAAGCACCGCCGCCGCCUCUCCUUGCCGGACGUCUCCGCCUCCUUCACUCUCAGCCUCCGCUGGAGAGACCCACAGCCCCACCAUUCAGCGCGCAAGAUACCCUCCAGAUAUGCCCUGCGUGCAAGCCCAGUAUAGUCCAUCGCCUCCAGGUUCCAGUUAUGCAGCGCAGACCUACAGCUCGGAGUACGCCGCGGAGAUCAUGAACCCCGACUACGCCAAGCUGACCAUGGACCUCGGCGGCACCGAGAUCACGGCCACAGCCACCACAUCCCUGCCCAGCUUCAGUACCUUCGUGGAGGGCUACUCGAGCAACUAUGAAUUCAAGUCCUCCUGCCAGUACCAAAUGCAGCCCCCUGGGCCGAGACCUUUGAUCAAGGUGGAGGAGGGCCACGCACACGGCUACCACCACCACCCCCACCACCAUCCCCACCACCAUCAUCAGCAACCGCCGCCGCAGCAGCAGCCAUCCAUUCCACCGCCCUCCGGACCGGAGGACGAGGUGCUGCCCAGCACUUCCAUGUACUUCAAGCAAUCCCCGCCGUCCACCCCCACCACGCCGGGCUUCCCCCCGCAGGCCGGGGCGCUGUGGGACGACGCGCUGCCCUCGGCGCCGGGCUGCAUCGCCCCGGGCCCGCUGCUCGACCCGCCGAUGAAGGCGGUGCCCACGGUGGCCGGCGCACGCUUCCCGCUCUUCCACUUCAAGCCCUCGCCGCCUCACCCGCCUGCGCCCAGCCCGGCCGGCGGCCACCACCUCGGCUACGACCCAACGACCGCCGCCGCGCUCAGCCUGCCACUGGGAGCCGCCGCAGCAGGCAGCCAGGCCGCCGCGCUCGAGGGCCACCCAUACGGGCUGCCGCUGCCCAAGAGGGCUGCCACGCUGGCCUUCUCGCCGCUUGGCCUCACAGCCUCCCCCACCGCAUCCAGCUUGCUGGGCGAGAGUCCCAGCCUGCCGUCGCCGCCCAUUAGGACCUCGUCGUCCGGCGAGGGCACGUGCGCCGUGUGCGGGGACAACGCCGCCUGCCAGCACUAUGGCGUUCGCACCUGCGAGGGCUGCAAGGGCUUCUUCAAGAGAACGGUGCAGAAAAAUGCAAAAUAUGUUUGCCUGGCCAAUAAAAACUGCCCCGUAGACAAGAGACGUCGAAACCGAUGUCAGUACUGUCGAUUUCAGAAGUGUCUCAGUGUCGGAAUGGUUAAAGAAGUUGUCCGUACAGAUAGUCUGAAAGGGAGGAGAGGUCGGCUGCCUUCAAAACCAAAGAGCCCAUUACAGCAGGAACCUUCUCAGCCCUCUCCACCUUCUCCGCCACUCUGUAUGAUGAAUGCCCUUGUCCGAGCUUUAACAGACUCAACGCCCAGAGAUCUUGAUUAUUCCAGAUACUGUCCCACUGACCAGGCCGCUGCGGGCACAGAUGCUGAGCAUGUACAACAGUUCUACAACCUUCUGACAGCCUCCAUUGACGUAUCCAGAAGCUGGGCAGAAAAGAUCCCCGGAUUUACUGAUCUCCCCAAAGAAGAUCAGGCAUUACUUAUAGAAUCAGCCUUUUUGGAGCUGUUUGUUCUCAGACUUUCCAUCAGGUCAAACACUGCUGAAGAUAAGUUUGUGUUCUGCAAUGGACUUGUUCUGCACCGACUUCAGUGCCUUCGUGGAUUUGGGGAGUGGCUCGACUCCAUUAAAGACUUUUCCUUAAGUUUGCAGAGCCUGAACCUUGAUAUCCAAGCCUUAGCAUGCCUGUCAGCACUGAGCAUGAUCACACAACGACAUGGGUUAAAAGAACCAAAGAGAGUGGAGGAGCUAUGCAACAAGAUCACAAGCAGCUUAAAAGACCACCAGAGCAAGGGACAGGCUUUGGAGCCCACUGAGCCCAAGGUCCGGGGUGCCCUGGAAGAACUGCGGAAGAUCUGCACCCUGGGCCUCCAGCGUAUCUUCUACCUGAAGCUGGAGGACCUGGUGUCUCCCCCUUCCAUCAUCGACAAGCUCUUCCUGGACACCCUGCCUUUCUGA